AAAAAAAAAAAAAUUAAGGGUGAAUUACAACUAAUUACUGUAUGUGUGUUAAUUGUGAUAUGGCCUACAUUUUGCAAUUCAGAACGAUAAUUUCUGGCUCAUCUGUAAAAACACUCAUGUGCAUAGGGAAACUAAGAGUACUUAUGUUGUUCCUUGAUUGAGCCAGAAUUUGUAGUUCCUAAUUGCAAAAUGCAGUCCAUAUGUAAUAGCUACAACAGUGAUAACCAGGAUAUAGAAACAUAAUUGAGUAUUUUUCUGGUAUGAAUGUACGUGUCCGUGGUCCUAAAUUGGUCAUAGCAGGCGGACUCAUAAUAAAAAAAAUUAAAAAAUAAAUAUUUUCAUUGAGUUCCGAUCAAAAGAAGUAUAGGGAGGGGAAGGAUUAACUUAUUAAUUUUCUACCCACCAAAUAUGUAACCAUAGAAACUUCAGUUACUCAUGGUAGAGUUUUUGUUUAUUUAAUUAACCGCAAAAUAAAAAAUCCUGAGGUGAUUCUCCCUCAUGCAAGUAAUUCCAGUUAUGAAAGUAUGUCUUCCAUUAAAAUAUUUCACUCUCUUGUGGCCGAUUAAAUAAAUGAGAGCAUAUUGUGACAAGAUAAACAAGCUCCACAUGUCUACGUGGCCUGUUGGCAAGUGAGGGCCGUAAAGCUCAAUUUUUUUGUUUUGUUGUUGUGAAUAAAAAAAUGAGGAUGAAAAUUAUAGCCAAAAUGAAUAAGUAUUGUUUCAUUUUAUAAUGACUAACCAAGAAAAAAUUGAUUUAUGCAUUUAUUAGGUGCUAAUAGCAUUGACUGAUGCUUUCGAACUGUUGAAUUUUUCACUAUUGAAUGGAUGAGAGAAUUCACUGACUGAGCUGAUAAAAAUGUCAUGCUCUUGUUUUUUUUUGCACUGACAUUGAUCAUACAUCAAACAGAGCUCAAGAACAUUCAUCACCUUCAGCGUCGCUUGGCCGGUGGCCUAGUCCCAUGUGCUGGGGAGUUCCCGUACCUUGCAAUAUCGCUGCAUGAGCAAUUACAUUGCACUACAGCGAUCAUUACAGAACAAUGGCUCCUUGGUGCAGCACACUGUUAUAUCAUUCGUGGCAAGAGAAUAGAUCCAAAAGAAAUGUUUAUAGUAGCCGGUAUUCUUGACUACCAAGAUAAGAGUUGUAAAUGGAGGCAAGUUAGACAAGCGUUGGAGAUCCACCUCCAUCCGAAAUUCAAGGAGAAACAAAUUUCAAAGAACGACAUUGGAUUAGUCAAAGUUGAGCCUUUUGAAUUCAACCUAGCAGUGCAAAGUAUACCCUUGAGUGGCAAACCAUUCCCCAUCGAUGAGGAGGUGAGGUGCACAGCUGCAGGCUGGGGUGACACUGAUCGGAUGUCUUUCAAUUCCGUGUUAAGAAAAUUGGACGUAAUUGCAGCUCAGAGCCCGAAAGCUUGCCCAGGACUCCAGAUAAACCAGCGGAGAAGGGUCAUAUGUCUUGUUCAAGACGAGGGCAAAGGUCUUUGCGAUGGAGACUCAGGCGGCCCUUUAGUAUGUGAUGGCGAAAUGGUUGGCGUUGCUCAUCAGGUUUAUUUAGAGACAUACAAGAACUUCUUUGCUCCGCCACCAGAUAGUAUGGAUUGUGGGGCACGUGAAAUCGUCCAUACAUACAUGUUCACCUGCCCUUUUCUUGACUGGAUUAAAAGUUACGUCCCUGAGGUGCCACCUCAGCCACCACAUUGUUUUUAUCGACGCAACUCCUAUCAUUCAACACCUGACUACCGCAGAAUAAACAGCUUCUUACUACCUUUCCUGAAUCAGUCGAGUGUGAAUCACUGAUGGAUUUAUUAGCCUUGAUUUGUUGGCAAGUUAAAACCGCAACCAUUUCACAUUUGAUUUUGUAAAUAGCAUGUCUCGAUGUAUUGUUCAAAUUUAAAAUUAAGUUAGAGAAAAUCAGUUGAGUUGCAAGAAGCAUAGGUCUUAUCUGAAGUUUGCAUCUGCAAGUUUUUGUGAUUGUAUCAGAGACCAUGGCUUGCUAUCUUUUGUAAAAUAAAUGCUUGAUGACAUAUCAA